AUGAUGACAAACACAAACCGGAAUCAGAUGACGGAGAGGAUCGUGGAUCUGACCCUGGAGGUCAAUUACCUGCUGACUGGAGAGGUGAGGGAUUCUGGGAAUGUCACAGCAACUACACACAUUUAGCGUUUGUCAUAAGAUGCCCCUGGAGAGAACGGAUAUUCAAAUUUGUUUGUUGAAUAUAGUCUAAGAUAGAUUUAAAACGUUCUUGUUCAUUGCUUCCUAAUCCUCUGGUGCGUCAUCCAAAGGACUCCUGCCACAGUUCUAUCAGGAAUGUGAUGGAGUACAGAGUUUUGUGGAAACCUGCUCACGACCGAGAUCCUUUGAUAGAACGUCCCUGAUCAAACGAUUUGUACUCAUGGUCGUUUCACUGAUAUAGGCAUACAACGCACGAGACAGUCAGGAGCUUUCAAAAGCAAAAACCUUGCAGAUCUGCUAAAAUAGUUUUGAGUUUUUAAUAGAAAUGUAUUAUAUUUAGUGUAGUAUCAGAAAACAUUCGGUGUUUAUUGAAAUGUUACGCGCAUAAAAUAAAACUAUUAUAGGAAGAUGGAUAGAUUAUAUUUUUAUUUUUUUUACUAAUUUAAUGGUGUCAUUUUUUUUUAAAGGGUUACUGUAACUCUUUUAAAAACAUAUUUCAUUUUUGUUUUACUUGACAUUCCCCUAUUGGGCAUUCCUGGCUAGGUUGCCCCCCUCCAUCACCCUCCCGCUUUAAAAUGUACCUGUAGUCCACUGCAGGCAAAGCUCUUGGCGCUGAUGUCCACUCCCCGUUUUAUGUCACCAACAUCAUUGCAUAGUCCUACCACAGGCUUCUGAGACAGCAAGGGGAAUGAUGGGAUUGUAAUUUUUUAUUUUUUUUAAAGCGAUCAAAGCUUUCCUUUGCACUGCUGCAAUGUUGACGCUAAUUACGUCUGUUGCCAGCGUGCAGUAUGUGCUGCAGUGGUCAUGGUGGUUGGAAUGUCAGAAUAACCCAUUUAAAUAGAACUUUCACUGCUUGGUGACAUCGCCUCCGGAGGUCUAGGGGUGGGAGCGCAGGCAAAAGUGAGUUUAACUUACUUGAGCAUGUCCCAUGUGGGUGCAGCCAUCAUUUUAUGGUCAGUAACGUUCCAGCUCAGUCAAUAUGAAUAUUUCAUAAAUAUUUAAUGUGUAUGAAAUAUUCAGUUUGCAGGGGGGGUGACAGUGUCGAUCUAAUACACGCAUGGUAUGAGAACGACGUUUAUAUAAUCAUGAUCUUUGUUCUGCUCUAAUGCAGGCACUCAUCCUUUUUAGAGUUAGUCAUAUGUGUAUUGUAACAGCACCCCCAGGCAUAAAAGGGUUAAACCGCCGUUUAGGAGAUAUUCCCUUCCAGAUAUACAGGCAGCUACUGUAGACACCAAUCCACUGAACCGGAGAAGCAUACGAAUGCUCUCAAACAUACGAAUGCUGUAAACAACCGAAUAGGAAAAACCAUACGAAUAGGUUUACACUCCUAGCAGUCAAACUGGAACAGCAUACAAUAAAUCUCCCCCCAAGAACGAGACAAGGCUCCGUUUUGAGGGUCAAGCAGGAACAGACAGAGCUGUGGGUUUAUUGUUCUCAUAUACACAUUCUUACACAUUAGUACCACCCACAGGGUUUUGGAAAACAACCAAUAAACACAUACAAUACACUCAGACACUCCCACAAAAAAUCCUCCCCUCUGUCUGUGAUACAAUUACCUUACACAAUGGGUAAUGUAAUUAUCACAGGCAGAAAAAUACAGUUUUUCCACAUUAUUCAUAACUUGAAAAGUAUGCAUCACAUUCACAUAAAACUGAAAUUUUCAAAAUUCUACAAAUUGGUCAAGUGGUUCAAAAGAUAGAUCGAAGUCCAUUGUGAUCAAAUGAGGCAUGGCUUUUCUGCCCAAAACCAGUUCCACAGAGUCUUCUAUUCUGGAGAUAAUUGGGAAGUAAUCCAAUUAUCUCUAAAGACAGAGGCAAAACUCCAUUAGCCACAUGGUAGCAAAAUACAGUAAAUACAAUAAAAUACACAAGAUUACAAUUUUUACAUAAAAUACAGACAUGCAACAUAUCCCCAGAUAGCUUAGGUCUGAGCACACAUUAUUACUGAAUGGCGCUCAGACCACACACAUACAGUUCAAUUGCCAUGGAGCCAAAGUCUUUUAUUACACGAAUAGGCUCCAUGGCAUAGCUAUCUGGGUUAAAUGCGUUCAUUCAGUAAAUCCGAGAAUCUACCGAACGCCAGGGCAGAAAUACAUGAAUAGACCUUUCUGCAUAGAAAAAUAAAGUACUUAUUUAAAUGACGGUCCAUAGUCAAAAGGCAGCAGGCAGGCAACCAGGCUCCUCCAGUGCACAUCCUGCCAGUCAGUACCCUGGUUAGUCCAGCAGCCCACCCAUAAAACAGAAACAGCAGUACAGCCCACCCACCAUAAAUGGUUACUACAUCUGAGUAAGGGAGAAACUUGUCCAUGUCCAGGUGCCUCACCACGGCUGUGUGGGGGACUGGUAGGCUGCCUUGGUGGGUUGCUGAGUGGGCAGAGACCAGGUGCCAGCACUACCACGGAAGUAGCCUGGUGGGAGCCUGGUUGCUGGAGGGGGAGACCGAUCGUCCCCCCUUUGGACAAAGCAACAUGCUGCUGUGGGAGGAGACCGACUGUCUCCCCUUUGGCUAAACAGCCCUGUUGCUGGGGAUCAGGACUGACUGUCCCUACGCCCUGUGCUGUAAGGUCCCAUCUGCAUGGUUGUGGGACUUACUGUCUCCCCCUGGUGCGUUAAGCUGGGGAUAGGGGGUAACCAGCUCCUCUCCCAUACAUACUUCCAGCCUCGCUUCCCAAUACAGAAUCCUGCUCAGGAAAGGAGACUGGGCUCUCUAUGCCCUGUAAUACACUGUUGCUGGGAGCAGACCACCGCCUCCUCUGUAACUCAGCCUGCCGCUGUGGAAAUGGAGACUGGGCUCUCUAUGCCCUGUAACACACACUGCUGUUGGGGAGCAGGACCGACCGUCUCUGCCCUCUGUAACUCAGCCUGCUGCUGGGGAAAGGAGACUGGGCUCUCUAUGCCCUGUAACACACACUGCUGUUGGGGAGCAGGACCGACCGUCUCUGCCCCCUGUAACUCAGCCUGCCGCUGUGGAAUGGAGACUGGGCUCUCUAUGCCCUGUAACACACACUGCUGUUGGGGAGCAGGACCGACCGUCUCUGCCCUCUGUAACUCAGCCUGCCGCUGUGGAAUGGAGACUGGGCUCUCUAUGCCCUGUAACACACACUGCUGUUGGGGAGCAGGACCGACCGUCUCUGCCCCUCUGUAACUCAGCCUGCCGCUGGGGAAUGGAGACUGGGCUCUCUAUGCCCUGUAACACACACUGCUGUUGGGGAGCAGGACCGACCGUCUCUGCCCCCUGUAACUCAGCCUGCCGCUGUGGAAUGGAGACUGGGCUCUCUAUGCCCUGUAACACACACUGCUGUUGGGGAGCAGGACCGACCGUCUCUGCCCUCUGUAACUCAGCCUGCCGCUGUGGAAUGGAGACUGGGCUCUCUAUGCCCUGUAACACACACUGCUGUUGGGGAGCAGGACCGACCGUCUCUGCCCCCUGUAACUCAGCCUGCCGCUGUGGAAUGGAGACUGGGCUCUCUAUGCCCUGUAACACACACUGCUGUUGGGGAGCAGGACCGACCGUCUCUGCCCCCUGUAACUCAGCCUGUCGCUGGGGAAUGGAGACUGGGCUCUCUAUGCCCUGUAACACACACUGCUGUUGGGGAGAAGGACCGACCGUCUCUGCCCCCUGUAACUCAGCCUGCCGCUGGGGAAUGGAGAAUGGGCUCUCUAUGCCCUGUAACACACACUGCUGUUGGGGAGCAGGACCGACCGUCUCUGCCCUCUGUAACUCAGCCUGCCGCUGUGGAAUGGAGACUGGGCUCUCUAUGCCCUGUAACACACACUGCUGUUGGGGAGCAGGACCGACCGUCUCUGCCCCCUGUAACUCAGUCUGCCGCUGGGGAAUGGAGACUGGGCUCUCUAUGCCCUGUAACACACACUGCUGUUGGGGAGCAGGACCGACCGUCUCUGCCCUCUGUAACUCAGCCUGCCGCUGGGGAAUGGAGACUGGGCUCUCUAUGCCCUGUAACACACACUGCUGUUGGGGAGAAGGACCGACCGUCUCUGCCCCCUGUAACUCAGCCUGCCGCUGGGGAAUGGAGACUGGGCUCUAUGCCCUGUAACACACACUGCUGUUGGGGAGAAGGACCGACCGUCUCUGCCCCCUGUAACUCAGCCUGCCGCUGGGGAAUGGAGACUGGGCUACUAGAAAAGCUACUGAUCUCACAGACGUUGCUUCCAUGCAGCAGCAUGGCUGCAUUGCCCGCACCCUAGUCGUAUGUCUUUAUAAUGAAAUCGAGGUUUGCGAUAAGGAGUAACUGAUUAUUUUGUUCCUCAUUUAUUUUUAUUUUUUGUUCUUCGAUUUUAUUUUUUUGCCUAAUAUUAAGCUAUUUUUCCUCUGGUAACAAGUUCUUGGUAAUAGUUGAACAGAAUUUAUAAAAGCUUGCAUGUUUGUUGUCAGGAUUGUGAAAGUGAUUUGUUUGGUUAUUCUAAUAACGUAAUCAAGCCACAAGCACCAGGGGUGUCAAGAGCCUACGCCUCCAAACUGUGUUUCAUACGAGGCAGAGGCACCAACCUUCUAUGUGUCCGGAAUCGGACUUCUGCGCCUCUUCAUAAUUCAAAUGUAUGACACCAACCAAAGAGGACCCGCGGCGUGAGGGAAACCGGUUGAAAAACUAUUUAGCUUCUUACCAGGAAACCGCAAUAAGGCUGUUGUUGUUAUGAUGCUUGGAGUAGACAUAUAGCUCAACUAAGAUGUCACAUUUUUAUCUUUUGUGGAGUAGAAGGAGAGGUAAAUAUGACUGAGUGUCUGUAAACAUAAAAAGCAGGGAAUUUUUAUUAAGUCAUAAAUAUUGUUGCAAUUUGUGUUUUUGUUACUUUUUUUGUAUAUGUAACUCUAACUCAAUAUGUAGGACUACAUUGCUGUGAAGAGACCUGCUGAGUCUAUACUACAGAGCCAUAGUCCUCGUGUGUCAGAUGGAUCUAACAGGACCCAGAGCUCCAGCAUGGUGCCUCCCCCUCACUCACUGAUACAUGAGAGAAACAAUGAGCAGAAGGUCCUGAAACUGACCAAUCAGAUCAUCCACCUGCUGACUGGAGAGGUGAGACUGCUGGGAAUGGGACAUCAUAGAGUAAAACCAAGGGAUGUGUCUGGAUGGUGACUGUAUCGUUGUGUGUGCCAGGUUCCUGUUAGAUGUGAGGAUGUGUCUGGAUGGUGACUGUAUCAUUGUGUGUGCCAGGUUCCUGUUAGAUGUGAGGAUGUGACUGGGUAGUGACUGUAUCAUUGUGUGUCAGGUUCCUGUUAGGUGUGAGGAUGUGACUGGGUAGUGACUGUAUCAUUGUGUGUGCCAGGUUCCUGUUAGGUGUGAGGAUGUGUCUGGAUGGUGACUGUAUCAUUGUGUGUGCCAGGUUCAUGUUAGGUGUGAGGAUGUGUCUGGAUGGUUACUGUAUCAUUGUGUGUGCCAGGGUCCUGUUAGGUGUGAGGAUGUGACUGGAUGGUGACUGUAUCAUUGUGUGUGCCAGGUUCCUGUUAGGUGUGAGGAUGUGUCUGGAUGGUGACUGUAUCAUUGUGUGUGCCAGGUUCCUGUUAGGUGUGAGGAUGUGUCUGGAUGGUGACUGUAUCAUUGUGUGUGCCAGGUUCCUGUUAGGUGUGAGGAUGUGACUGGAUGGUGACUGUAUCAUUGUGUGUGCCAGGUUCCUGUUAGGUGUGAGGAUGGUGACUGUAUCAUUGUGUGUGUCAGGUUCCUGUUGGCAUGAGGAUGUCACUGUUUGUUUAUUUUCCUUGUAGGUGUGGAAGUAUUUAGAAGGACAGAUGCCUUUCAUUUCGCAAGGUAAGAAGAUUUAAUAAGACCUGCCUUUGUGUGUAGAGCAGUUCUUAUAGCUGUAUGUAUAUUCUUGCAUCUUUUUACUAGUGAACAGGAGGAUAUCUGUACAAUAAUUGCAUGUAAGUAAGUUAUAACAACAAAAUAAUACACUGAUCAAUAUCUUAUUGUUUCUGUAGCGGCUGUAUCAGCUGACUGUUAAGAACCUUUUCUACCUCUCUACUUGUUUCUUUUCAUUAGAUAAUUCACUGAACAAAACUGAAGCAGUAGAGUGUCAGUCCCAUAUUACUUCAUCAAAGGACGUAAUCAUUGAUCCUAAUUUCACAAUUAAGCAAGGAGUGAAUGGUGAGAAAAUGAAUAAAUCGAGCACGGGAGAGAGUGCAUUUGUUGAACAGGAAGCAGGACCUUGCGAAGAAAGGCAUGUUGCAGAAGCUGACGUUUAUACGAACCCCACGCCUACAAUAGACUACAGGUCUAUUUCUGUCAAAGAAGAAUUGGGUUCAUGCCAACAAGAUAAUCUUGUCAAUGUUUGUACAUCCAUCCAACUCACAGAGACAGAAUGUCCAUCUCCUCGUGUUAAGGACAAUUUGUCUCCACAUGAAGAUAUUGACUUCCAUACUUCCAAAGACCAUACACAGACAGACUAUCCAUCCACUGCUAUUAUGGAGGAAUCCACUUCAUUUGAAAAAGGACAUUUGCCAGACACUGACAUUUAUACAAACAUAGAACAUACACCGACAGAAUAUCUGUCUACUAAUAUUAAGGUAGAAUCUGUUUCACACGAAGAAGGAAAUUUCACCGGCAUUUCUAAACUCCCAGAACAUACACAGACAGAAUAUCCAUCUACUUAUAUUAAGCAGGAAUCCGAUUCCCAUGAACGAGUUGCCACUGGUUUUCAUACACGGACAGAAUAUCUAUCUAGCCAUAUUAAGGAAGAAUCUAUUUCAUAUGAGCUAGGAAACUUCACAAGCACUGGCAUCGAACCUCUUCUUUUUCGUACUGAGAUGCAAAACCUAAAAAUAAGCAAUGAAAGUAUGCAUGUGACAGAUGUUUAUAGCUUGUUUCAGGGGCCUGAGGUUUCAGCUACUCAUUCAGGUGGAAUACAGGAUAUGACUUGUUUUGGUUGCGGGAAGAAAAUCUCUAAAGCAGAUUUUGUUGGGCAUCAAUGUGUUAAAGAGAGAGGAACUCCUAAAUUGAACCACAGUAUUCACACUGGAGAGAAGCCAUUUUCUUGCUUGGAAUGUGGAGCUCGUUUUAAUCACGAGAAAGCUCUUGGUAGACAUCAAUUGAGUCAUACAAGUGACAAGAAAUUUUCCUGUACAGAAUGUGGCAAAUGUUUCAGUAAGAUGUCAAAUCUUAGCAAACACAUGAGGAGCCACGAAAAAAAUAAUAAUUACACUUGUUCUCAUUGUGGAAAAUGCUUCAAUUGGAUAUCAAGUUUAAUUAGACAUCAGAGGAUUCACACAGGUGAGAAACCGUUUCCAUGUUGUGAAUGUGGGAAAUGUUUCACUCGCAAGUCUGCUCUUACUAGACAUCAGAGACUUCACACUGGUGAGAAACCAUUCUCGUGUUGCGAAUGUGGAAGAUGUUUCAGGUGGUUGUCAAGUUAUCAUAAACAUAUGAGAAGUCACACUGGAAAUAAAUGUUUCUCGUGCUCUGAAUGUGGAAAUCGCUUUACAGAUAAAGCGAGUCUUUAUGUACAUCAGAUGAGUCACACAAGAUGACCUGCUUUCCAUAAAACCAUCAUUGUUUGCUCAGUACAUCUAUAGGUACAUUUAGAAAGCAGUGAAUGUGGUCCAAGUAUAAAGGAUGGUUGCUCUAUUUUACAUUCCUUAAUAUGAGGGAUAAAAACAAACACUGCUCCAGUUAUGCUUUCGGACUUUUUAAUUCCCUUCACAAGUGGACCUAGCAUUUUAAGUCUGAAAAGAACUUUGUCAAGCCUUGUAAAGACCAUUUUAGUUGUAAAUAUGGUUGGGUCUAAUGGUGGAUGGAAUUAAGCAAAGCCAUCGAUUAUAUUUGUUUUCUGUGUUUUUACGUCCUUUCAAGGCCACAAAUGUCCAGACUCACAAAUCUAAACGUCAAUGAAGCUGGGUUUGGCUGAAUCUAAUCCAGAUCUCUGUUGCAUUCACACAACCAUAAUUUUGAGGGGCUAUAAAACACAUUUUAAAAAAGUCCCCUUACCCUUUAGCCAUUGCAAGCAGAAAUGUAUCCCUGGCAAAUAUUUGAUGGAUUUUCCCACUGCCUAUAAAGAUCUUCAGUGCUCUUUGAAACAAAUAGAAAGUCAAAGUGUUCAAUGGGGAGACUUUACCACUUCUUGUUUUAGUAAACCACAACCUUUAUUUUCUUGUAUGAUGGCAAAUCAAGCCAAUGACAUGCAGUAUAAAUUCAGCUCAGAUCGUUGUGCUGCAGUCUACACGUUUUGUGCCAUUAUGCACUUAGACCACAAAAAGAAAUACAGCCCCAGUCAAAAUAUAGCCAUGUAUUUGGGAUUGACUGAAUUGAUAUUUUGCAGUAAUCGGUAUGGGUUUAAUUGACAGUUUUGCCAAUACCAGUGGGGGGGAGUGGGUGGUCCAUCCCGGGUGUGACUCACAUUGAAGAGGGGUUGGCUGGGGCUCAGCACACGCCAUCUUCUGUUUCCGACAGGUCCUUUCUCCAACUCUCGCGAGCCCCCCAGCCAUAAGCUGAGAACAGCUUGUGCUGGGCCCCAGCCACUCCCUCUUCAAUGUGAGUGGCACUCAGGGGAUUUGUCCGUAACCAAUCACCAUACUUGGUUCGGGCAGCACUAAUAGGUGUAGCAAGCAUGUGGCUUCCAGAACUGUGUCUUGGAUACAGAACACUCAGACAACCACCUCAAGGAGGCCAUCAUUAUUUAUGUACUAAUAAAUAUACUCACGCAGGACACCUCUUCAAACCAACGAAAAUCACAGACCCCUCAGCCACUGGACCACCAGGGAGUGUAAUGUCCCCCUCCUUGGCCACAGGUAAAAGGCAGAGAGGGAGGAAUAAAAUGACAAUAUUUUUUUUAAAAUUAUUUAUUAAAUAUAAAAGUUUUAUAUAAGAUGUUUUUAAAAAUAAAAAAACUCUUUUAGCCCACAGAAUCCAAAAACAAACACACUGCAUCCACUAUACACAUGAAUAUUCUUAAAAACAUAAAAAAAUCGUACUGGCAUGUAUAUUUUGUGCAUUUAUCACGCAAUAAAAGAAAGAUUUACAAAAAAAUCAUUACAUAAUAAACAUUUUCAGUUAAUUGCAGAUUUGUGUAGAAAUUGUUUCUUUUUUCAGGGGGUGCAUUAGCAUUAAAAAUAAAAUGUAACCUAUACAAAACAUUAAACCCAAAACCUCCAAAAUAUCGUCUCCGACAGGAGAUUAAAUAUGUGCAAACAAAUGGUCAAAAUCCACAUUUAUUCCGUCUAACUACUCAAUAAUUUGCAUAGGAUUAAUCUCCUAUCAUGGCACUAAUUGUUUCCCACACUCCUCAACUGCACAAGAGGGACACACUGCAGACACAUAUAACCAUAUAUAAAAUGCAAAGUAAAUCCAAAAUAUACAAAGGGAUAAAAUACUCGAAUAAAACUUACCUUCAAUCUACGGCCGGUAAUCCUUGUUUUCGCACACUGUAUUGAUUCAUUCCACGUCACUCCGUGGUGCGAUCAAAUGCGUCCCAGCGAAGCUUUUCAUUGGACUGUUUUCAACGCUCCGAGUUAAUUAUGCAUACGCUAGUGGACAAUGUAGAGGAGUACAUUGGAAAGAUGCAUAGCUUUUCAUUUCACGGUAUAGUGAAGUAAUACACCCUUGGUGGAGGGUGACCUGCCCCACAUUCUUUCGAAGAGGGAAAUUUUCUUGAUCUUUACAAUGGAGACCACUGCACCUCUUGGACUGAAUAUGGAGUGGGACAUCUUCCGUCUAUAUUAAGGAACACUUCACUGCCAAAAUACAAAAUAAAUAAAAAUCACGGUUUAGUAGAUAUAUGCCAAAUGAAAACGUGCAUGCAUUCUAGCAUUGGGGUAUAUCUAAAAACAACCUUUUAGAAGUUGCCUUUGCAAUCCCUCCCCUUUUAACCCCACCGAGACUUUCUGUAUCUGUCCAAUCACAGACUCUCAGGAAUUUGUGUGCAGUGUUUUAGCUUUGUGAGAAGUCUUUGCAAGGCAGGUGCUCUGGGCAAUUGCUGCAUCUUGAGUUUGGCUCCACUGAGCUAAACAAACCAGGAAGUAACAGGACAUCUUGUCUGAUUAAAAGCCAGGGGAACAUUACCAGGUUCAUUUUAUAAACGUGUCAAUUUCUAGUGAAAUCUGUACAUUUUAUAAAAUGAAAAAGAGGGUGCACUCUUCACACAGAAAACGUUUCAGCAAGCUAAAGUGCUUAGAGGUCCGGAGUGUCCCUUUUAAUAUUCUUGUAUUGUGGUGUACAUGCUUUUAGAUUUAGUGGGUGUUCUUAUUUUUACUCUACUAUACUCAGAUUUCCAUUCUUUGUGCACUGAACAAAAUUAUAAACGCAACACUUUUGUUUUUGCCCCCAUUUUUCAUGAGCUGAACCCAAAGAUCUAAGACUUUUUCUAUAUACACAAAAGGCCUAUUUCUCUCAAAUAUUGUUCACAAAUCUGUCUAAAUCUGUGUUAGUGAGCACUUCUCCUUUGCUGAGAUCCACCUCACAGGUGUGGCAUAUCAAGAUGCUGAUUAGACAGCAUGAUUAUUGCACAGGUGUGCCUUAGGCUGGCCACAAUAAAAGGCCACUCUAAAAUGUGCAGUUUUACUGUAUUGGGGGGUCCUAAACCAUUCAGUAUCUGGUGUGACCACCAUUUGCCUCACGCAGUGCAACACAUAUCCUUCACAUAGAGUUGAUCAGGUUGUUGAUUGUGGCCUGUGGAAUGUUGGUCCACUCCUUUUCAAUGGCUGUGCAAAGUUGCUGGAUAUUCGCAGGACCUGAAACACGCUGUUGUAUACGCCGAUCCAGAGCAUCCCAAACAUGCUCAAUGUGUGAGCCAUGCAAGAACUGGGAAGUUUUCAGCUUCCAGGCAUUGUGUACAGAUUCUUGCAACAUAUGGCUAUGCAUUAUCAUGCUGCAACAUGAGGUGAUGGUCGUGGAUGAAUGGCACAACGGGUCUCAGGAUCUCGUCAUGGUAUCUCUGUGCAUUCAAAAUGCACCUGUGUUCGUUUUCCAUAACAUACGCUUGCCCGUACCAUAACCCCACUGCCACCAUGGGCCACACUGAUUGUUGCAGCAGGUGUCUGGUCUCAGGCAAUCUUAGAGGUGAAGAUGCUGCAUGUGAAGGUCCUGGGCUAGUGUGGUUACACAUGAUCUGUGGUUGUGAGGCCGGUUAGAUGUACUGCCAAAUUCUCUGAAACGCCUUUGGAGACGGCUUAUGGUAGAGAAAUUAACAUUCAAUUCAUGGGCAACAGCUCUGGUGGACAUUCCUGCACUCAGCAUGCCAAUUGCACGCUCCCUCAAAACUUGUGAUAUCUGUGUGAUAAAACUGCACAUUUUAGAGUGGCCUUUUAUUGUGGCCAGCCUAAGGCACACCUGUGCAAUAAUCAUGCCGUCUAAUCAGCAUUUUGAUAUGCCACACCUGUGAGGUGGAUGGAUUAUCUCGGCAAAGGAGAAGUGCUCACUAACACAGAUUUAGGCAGAUUUGUGAACAAUAUUUGAGAGAAAUAGGCCUUUUGUGUACAUAGAAAAAGUCUUAGAUCUUUGAGUUCAGCUCAUGAAAAAUGGGGGCAAAAACAAGUGCUGUGUUUUAUAAUUUUUUUUCAGUUUAAAUAUCCACAGUCUAAGCGUGGUCAUUAUUCCAUUUUAGUCUAGGUUGUGCACAGGUUGUAUUGUCAGACGUUGUUUGCUUUGUGGACUGUUAUUUUAUUUAAAAUGUGUGUAUAUUUUGCUUUCAACUUAUUUAGUUUCAUUUGUUUUUGCUAUUUUUCAGGAUUGUUAAUGCUAUAUUAUCAUCAUUUAUUAGCAGAAGUGUAGGGUUCUUUCGAGGGUUACUCCAGCCUCCAUGACCACUUCCGCUUUUACAAGUGUUCCUUGGACGAAGGAAUUUGUGUGCAGUGUUUUAACUUCAAACUCUGUGAAUGGAAUUUUAACCAUUGUAUUGCAUUGUAUAUUUUUGAAGGUUUUUUUGUUAAAUUUACCUGCAGUGUGUGGGUUAACAAAUAGUGCUGUUACAGUAUGUUAUCGUACAAUAAUCAUGGAUUUUGGCUUUAUUCAUAAAAUGAAUCUCCCAUCAGAGAUGAUAUGUUUGAGGUUUUUGGGUUUCAUAUUAUUUAUAUUUAAAUUUGACUGAUUUUAAUUGUUUUAGCUGAUGCACCCCCAGCUGGAAUUGUGGAAGUAUUAGCCGUUUAUUUAGCACAUGAGUUUGUCUCUGUAUUACGGUAGUAUUUCUGUAUUGGUUAAUCCUGGAAUGAGAUGGGCAUGUUUCUUUCCUAUGCUGUAACGCAAACAAUUAAGGCUUCAGCAGUGUUUGCCUUGUACUUGGGUAUAUUUUGUAAUUGCGGGAUUUAUAAAGUGAAUAAUACCGCAAACGAUGUAGACUGCCAUAGCUGCAGAUUUAUUGGGGUAGAUUUAAUACUGCAUAUCAUUGGCUGUACUAUCAUACAAGAAAAUUAAGGUUGUGAUUUACUAAACGAGUAGUGGUGAAGUAUAUCCGGUGAAUGUUGGACUUCCUUAGCUAUUGUCAUUAGCAUAGCAGUAAAGACUACAAAUAUAGAAUCAACAGGCACCUACAUACCAGGAACUGUCUAAUGCUGCCAGAGUCUGUGCUCACAAUGCCCAGUGAUUGCAUUCCAAGAGAUGGUUACAGUGGUGAGUAACAUUUUGAUCUGGCCAAUAUUGUAGGGCACAAUAUUUUGAGUGUGUGUAAUCUCGGUCUCUCUAAUCUGAGUGUGUGUAAUCUCGGUAAUCUCUUUUUCUCUAGACCCCUCUUAAUUUUUUCACCUGUAUUAAUUGUGGUCUAAUGCUGCAAUUGUUUAAAUUAUUAUUUUUUAUUCCACAUCAAUUUACACUUAAUACCCCAUAAUGAUGGCAAACAGGGUUAUGACACAUUUUCAAAUAUAUGAAAUGGAAACUUAAAUUUUUUUAUUUUUUUUAAAGUAUUCAUACCCUUUAUUCAGUAUUUAGUCGAAGUACUUUUACAGCCUCUUUUUUGGGGUAUGAUGUGACAAUCUUUGUACACCAGGAUUUAGGUAGUCCUAUUUAUCUAUGGAGAUCCUCUGUCAGGUCAGAUGGGGACCGUCAGUGAACAGCCAUAUUCAGGUCUCUCUAGAGAUGUUUGAUUGAGUUCAAGUCUGAGCUCUUGUUGAGCAGCUCAAGGGCAUUCACAGAGUUGUCCCUAGGCCACUUGGCUGUGUCCUGUUAGAACGUGACAUUUUUGCCCUAUCUGAUGGCCUGGACACUCUGAGCAAGGUUUAUAUCACGUAUAAUUUAUUUUGCUGUAUUAAAAGACCACUAUAGUGCCAGGAAAACAAAUUUGUUUUCCUGGCACUAUAGGGUUAUUAGGUGUCCCCCCCACCCUCAGGGCCCCCCCUCCUGCUGGGCUGAAUGGGUUAAAAUCCUUCAGCCAUUUACCUUUCUCCAGCGCCGGGCUGCUUCAGUGCUGGUGACCUCUCUCCUCCUCCUGCCGCCGUCCGCUCCAAAUGUGCAUUCAAACCGCCCAUAGGAAAGCAAUGCUUUCCUAUGGAUGUCCAGCGUCUUUUCAUUGUGAUUUUCACAGUGAGAAUCGCAGAAGCGCCUCUAGUGGCUGUCAGUGAGACAGCCACUAGAGGCUGGAUUAACCCUCAGUGUAAACAUAGCAGUUUCUAUGAAACUGCUUUGUUUUCAGCUGCAGGGUUAACCCUAGAGGGACCUGGCACCCUGACCACUUCAUUGAGCUGAAGUGGUCUGGGUGACUAUAGUUGUCCUUUAAGCUUUCUUUGAUCCCUGUUGCUGCCACUGAAUAGCAUGAUGCAAACCCCAUCCUGCUUCACCGUUGGGAUGGUAUUGUGCAGAUGAAGAGCAGUGAUUGGCUUCCUCCAGAUUUAACACUUUUUGAAUUGAGUUGAAGCAGUUCAAUCUUUGGUUCAUCAGACUUAAAAAUCCUAUUUAUCACAGUCUGACAGUCCUUUUAGGGGCUUUCAUGUGAGGAGAGGCUAACGUCUGGCCAGUCUGCCAUAAAGUCUAGAUCAGUCAAGUGUUUUGGCGAUGGUUGUUUUUCUGCAGAUUUCUCCCUUCUCCACACAUGAUCUUAGGAGCUCACCCAGAGUGAGUAUCGGAUUCUUGGUCAUCUCUUACCGCGGGCCCUUUAUCCCGGAUUGCUCAGACUGGCUAGGCGGCAAGCUCUAGGAAGAAUGCUGGUUCCUCCAAACUUCUUACAUUUAAGAAUUAUGGAGGCAACUGUGCUUUUGGGAAGCUUCCAUGCAGCCAUUUUUUUGUAGCCUUUCCCAGAUCUGUCUCAACUGAAUCCUGUCUCUGAGCUCAGAAGGUAUUUUCAUGGACCUCUUGGCUUGGUUUUUGCUCUGAUGUGCAUUAACAGCUGAGACCUUAUAUAGACAGUUCUAGGCCUUUUUCAGAUCAUGUUUAAUCAAUUGAAUUAAACAGUUGUACCCCAAUCAAAAAAUGAUCCAGAGAAAUAGGAUGCUUCUGACCUAAAUUUGAAGGGUCAUAGUAAAGGGUCUGAAUACUUGUGUCAAUGUGAUGUUUGUGUUUUUGUGGGGGUUUUCUUAAGUAAACUUGCAACGUUUUUAAGAUCUUUGUAUUUGCGUUGUCAUUAUGGGAUAUUGAUUGUAGAAUUAGGUAGGGGAAAAUGUAAGCAAUUGGGGCCGCUAUAUUCACAUAUAUUGUGGCAAUGAAUACAUCUGCUCCAUCCAUGUGUAUGAGGGAAAGGACAGUCACCAUGAUCUACCAGGUUGCCCAGACAUUAUAAGGACAGAUGGAACAUUGUCUGUGAGAUUAUUAAACAAGGGGUACCACAAGUACAUAGACAAUUAUUAUACUAGCAAUUAUGGCCCGUGGAACUGUAAGAAAGAUAAGUAUGGGUUUCCCACAGAUGCUGGUUAAAAAAAUUAAAAAGGGUGGGAACAGCUGCUCUCCACCGAGAAGAACUGCUGGCAGUGAAAUAUAAAGAAUGGGGUGUUUGUUCAAAUUAUCAUCCAUGAUGAUUAUACUCGCAGGGUCGCAGUCUGAGCCCAACGGGAAGCCAAGGGUUUCAGUCUGUAUUCAGCAGCACAACAGGCACAUGGGGGGAGUAGACCUGUCUGACCAACUGUGGCAGCUGUACCCAAUAAUGAGAGAACCCCAUGCAUGGUACAAGAAGGUGGGAAUUUAUCUAAUGCAAAUGGAAACACAUGAUGCAUUCCUUUUGUACAAAAAGCAAACUUUAAAGUGAGCUGGACAUUUUUAACCCACCAACUUAAUCUAAUUUCAGGGCAGCUGACCGGGUAUCGCCGUGAAGGUCGAACUGUUGAUCAGGAAUGUACAAGAACUGGGGCGGUUCACUAUUGUUUUCGUAUUCCUCCGACGCUCAAAAAAAGAUCCCCACAGAAAAGAUGCAGGGUGUGCUACCGGAAGGGCAUAAGAACCGACACAAGUUUCUAUUGCCCUGACUGCCCCUCUCAGCCUGGCCUUUGCAUUGGCAACUGUUUUAAGAUCUAUCAUACACAUGGUGCGGAGUAA